GACGGACCUCGGUGCCCCGGACCAGUGAGCGGCGGCGGCGGCGGCGCGGCGGCAGCAGUAGAAAGCGCAGCUGCUCAGCUAAUAGUCCACGCCCCCUUCCCGCUCCGGUGACAGUCUCUGCGGAAAGUCGCGUUCGUGAUUUUUGCAGAGCACCGAGCGGGACGACGGCGGUCCGGCCGGGCCGUCCGUGCCAGGCGGCGAAGAAACGGUUUCCUGGUGAACCAUCUCCCCUUCCCUUUAGACAACCCGCACCCCCAGGGCCUGAAGAUGCUGAGAUCUACGUGGAAUUUUCUGAAACGUCACAAAAAGAAAUGCAUCUUCCUGGGCACGGUCCUCGGAGGAGUAUAUAUCCUGGGGAAAUAUGGACAGAAGAAAAUCAGAGAAAUGCAAGAAAGGGAGGCUGCAGAAUACAUUGCUCAGGCACGCCGACAAUAUCAUUUUGAAAGUAACCAGAGGACUUGCAAUAUGACAGUGCUGUCCAUGCUUCCAACACUGAGAGAGGCUGUAAUGCAGCAACUCAAUUCAGAGAGCCUUACAGCUCUGCUAAAAAACAGGCCUUCAAACAAGCUAGAAAUAUGGGAGGAUCUGAAGAUAAUAAGUUUCACAAGAAGUAUCGUAGCUGUGUACAGUACUUGCAUGCUGGUGGUUCUUUUGCGAGUCCAGUUAAACAUAAUUGGUGGAUAUAUUUACCUGGAUAAUGCAGCAGUUGGCAAAAAUGGCACCACAGUUCUUGCCCCCCCAGAUGUCCAACAGCAAUAUUUAUCAAGUAUUCAGCACCUCCUUGGAGAUGGCCUGACAGAAUUGAUCACUGUCAUUAAACAAGCUGUGCAGAGGAUUUUAGGAAGUGUUUCUCUUAAACAUUCUUUGUCCCUUUUGGACUUGGAGCAAAAACUAAAAGAAAUCAGAGAUCUCGUUGAGCAGCAUAAAUCUUCUUCUUGGAUUAAUAACGAUGGAUCCAAAUCUUUAUUAUGCCAUUAUAUGAUGCCAGAUGAGGAAACUCCAUUAGCAGUUCAGGCCUGUGGGCUUUCUCCUAGAGAUGUUACCACUAUUAAACUACUCAAUGAAACUAGAGACAUGUUGGAAAGUCCAGAUUUUAGUACAGUUUUGAAUACCUGUCUAAGCCGAGGAUUUAGUAGACUGCUAGACAAUAUGGCUGAGUUCUUUCGACCUACUGAACAGGACCUGCAACAUGGUAACUCCAUGAAUAGUCUUUCCAGUGUCAGCCUGCCAUUAGCUAAGAUAAUUCCAAUAAUAAAUGGACAGAUCCAUUCAGUUUGCAGUGAAACACCGAGUCAUUUCGUUCAGGAUCUGUUAAUGAUGGAGCAAGUGAAAGACUUUGCUGCUAAUGUGUACGAGGCUUUUAGUACUCCUCAACAACUGGAGAAAUGAUUGUUUUUUCUUCAAAAAGAGCUACAGUGGAAUUCAUUUAUUGUAAAAAAAAAUACACUGAAUAAAUCAACUAUAUAUAGGGUAAUGAUUUGUUACUGAAAUGUCUAAUAAAAAUAUAUUCUUAAUCAAAGUCUUCAU